GCCCCGAGCAACUGGGUCAUGUGGUUAGUGCACGCUUUACUGCGCGCUCCCGUUCAUGUUUACGGAAGCUGCAAGUGAACAUACGCGUACGGAAGCAAAAGUGUACGGAUUGUCGAAAGUGGAAAGAGAGAGGUGUUGGCUGUCGGUCAGCGCAGCUGUCUCAAGUUUGUCACUCCACUCAGCUGAAUCCCGGGCAGAUCCAGGAUAACCAGGCUUGCGCCACAGCUGGUGUGAAGUGCUGCCUUGAAAUUGAAUAUCAAGAGGGAAAGAAGAGCUAGUGAGGAUGGAGCAGCUCUUGGGAAUGAAUUUUGAUGAGGUCUCCCUGCAGUUCUCCAAGAUCUCAAUGUAUCCCCUGUUCGAUGCAGCUCAUUACAUCGUCUCUGUUAUGGCACUCAGAGAACAACCAGGAGCAGUAGACGUGGCACGACGCAGCCCCUUUGCAUGCUGGAUCAGUGCUAUGAUUUACUGCUUCGGUGGAGCAGUGCUGUCGGGUCUCUUUUUGGCGGAGCCAGCACUCCUACCCUUCUCAAACACCAGUAAUAUAGUAUUGGCUUCAAUAAUCUGGUACCUUGUGUUCUACUUCCCUAUGGACCUAGUCUAUAAGUUCACUGCAUUCCUGCCUCUUCGGCUGGUCCUGGCCAGUAUGAAGGAGGUAACCAGAACCUGGAAAGUGGUAGGAGGAGUAGCUCAUGCCAGAGCACGCUAUGAAGAGGGCUGGCUUGUGAUGAUCGCUGUUGGCUGGGCUAAAGGUGCAGGGGGUGGGCUGAUGUCUAACUUUGAGCAACUAGUUAGAGGAGUCUGGAAGCCUGAAACCAAUGAGCUUUUGAAGAUGUCUUAUCCUGUCAAGGUAACUCUGGUAGGAUCUGUGCUCUUCACCCUGCAACAGAGUCAAUACCUCCCAUUGGCCAAACAUCAGCUUAUGUUUAUGUACACCAUGUUCCUCGUUAUCAACAAGAUACGGAUGAUGAUCACUCCCUCCACUACCUCUGUGUUUGCACCGUUCGAGGCUGUAUUGUACAGUCUGCUUUUCCAGUGGCAGACUGGAGUCCAAGGACCUUCUGGUGCUCCCAAGAAGGGUAUCAAGGGACGUAGAGAGAACCCCAAUGGUUCAACCGAUACAAAUGGAAAUAUUUCAGAAUCUGUUGAAGAAAAGGGAAAUGGUACAACAGUUUCCAGAAAUGGAUAUAGAAAGAAAACAGAUUAAAGACUGGCCAAAUUGUGCAACACUUUUCAUAGAUGUUUUUCACUUAAUGCAUUUGAAUGACUUUGAACUGACAAUUAAAAAUAUACAAAUUUAUAGUUACAUACUACUGAUAUUCUAUUUUCAUAUUUCUGUGCAUGUACGUUUUGAUUAUGACAACUGUAAUGUGUGACAGUUGCAAGGGGCUUACUGGGUAGUGUUGAAAUAACUAAACAAAACUUCCUUGUUUUGUUUGUUAGUUAUAUUAUGAGAUUUAUAGAUUUCUUAUAUAUUGAAUGUGAUUUUACCAAAAAAUAAGAUUUUUAUUGUUAUUACGGCAAGAUUAAUAUAAUGUUAUUUAUACAUAAUUUGCUCUAAUCACAUAUUUUUUUUUUUUUUUUUUAAAGAUACAACUAUUUUAUGAGAGCUUGAGAUACUGUGCGAUAAUAAAACUUGAUUCUUCA